GCCCCCGCCCUGGGGGCCGCCUUGCCUUAUUGCCCCCGCUCCUCCUCUCUUAGCCUAGCCCCCCCCUUACUGCCCCCAGCUCCUCCUAGGACCCUCCCCUCGCUGCCCCCGGCCUGGGGGCCGCCUUGCCUUAUUGCCCCCGCUCCUCCUCUCUUAGCCUAGCCCCCCCCCUUACUGCCCCCAGCUCCUCCUAGGACCCUCCCCUCGCUGCCCCCGGCCUGGGGGCCGCCUUGCCUUAUUGCCCCCGCUCCUCCUCUCUUAGCCUAGCCCCCCCCUUACUGCCCCCAGCUCCUCCUAGGACCCUCCCUUCGCUGCCCCCGGUCUAUUGCCCCCCCCCCCGGCGGCCUAAGCGGCGCCUCACACGCUGCCCCUUUCUUAUCGGGGGGCCUCCUGUGCUCUACUGCCCACACUUUGGGGGUGGUUUGUGGGCUCCCUGGGGCUGCAUCCCCCUUCCCCAAGGUCCCCGGGCCUCUAUUGUCCGGGGGGCAUCUCAGCUACCUCGGCUGAGACUCUCCCCCCCCCCCCCCCCGUUUAAACUUGUUCUCUCCCCCUGCAUCAGCUUCUCUGGGCUGGCCCCAGGGGACGUGGCCUCUCCCGCUCUCGCCCGUCACUUGGCUUUACCCCCCCCCCGGGGGCUGCGCCUUUGCGAACUCCUCACCCUGCAGCCGCCCCCUCGGCUCGCUGUUUUCUCCUCUCCCCGCUCCCGUGUCUUGUUUGGUCCCCUACGCUCCCGGCUGCAGCCCACCCAUCAAAACUAGAAGCCAAGGCCGAGCUUUCGGCUGCUCUAGGCGUGUUGAGUGGGGCCCCUGCACGCAAAGGGAGGAAUUAUUUCUUCUCCCACAGGUGGCUGCUUUUAGGGGUGGUGGACAAAAAGUUAACCCUGGGCUGACUAGUCCCUUUUUGAGCUUCCUUUGGAGACUGCCAGGCGGGCAUCCGAGGCUGCUGCAACGGCUGCUUUUUUUUUUUUUUAUUUCAUUUUCCCCCUCUUUCUUUAUACGUCAAUAGCAGCGGGCUGUGGAGAUCCUGGCUUGCUGAGGGCUCACCCUUCUCCCCUCCCACCCCCUAAGGGGCGGUGAUAGCGGUGGUGAGGUGGAAAAGGAUGCCAAGAAAGCUGUUGUUGCCUUACAAAUCUGUUUUUUCUCACUUUCGAGCUCCAAGGGGUUUGCAUGAUUCCUUGGCAAUGAAUGCAGCCAGAAGUGGCUACCGGGUCUUCUCCGCGAAUUCCACAGCAGCCUGCACCGAGCUGGCAAAGACGAUCACAGAGCGUCUUGGUGUUGAGUUGGGAAAAUCUGCGGUGUACCAGGAAACCAAUGGAGAAACAAGAGUUGAAAUAAAAGAAUCUGUCCGGGGCCAAGAUAUCUUCAUUAUACAGACAAUACCCAGAGAUGUGAACACUGCUGUAAUGGAAUUGUUGAUAAUGGCUUAUGCACUGAAGACUUCCUGCGCCAGGAAUAUUAUUGGGGUCAUCCCUUACUUCCCCUAUAGCAAACAAAGCAAAAUGAGGAAGAGGGGCUCCAUAGUCUGCAAACUGCUAGCUUCUAUGCUGGCCAAAGCAGGUUUAACACACAUUAUCACUAUGGAUCUUCAUCAAAAGGAAAUCCAAGGCUUCUUCAGCUUUCCAGUAGACAACUUAAGGGCAUCCCCUUUCUUGCUUCAGUAUAUACAGGAAGAAAUUCCAGAUUACAGAAAUGCAGUUAUUGUAGCCAAAUCCCCUGAUGCAGCAAAAAGGGCCCAGUCUUAUGCUGAGAGACUGCGUCUGGGACUAGCAGUGAUCCACGGAGAGGCUCAGUGUACAGAGCAGGACAUGGAUGAUGGCCGCCACUCUCCACCAACUGUCAAAAAUGCCACUGUGCACUCUGGCCUAGAGCUGCCCUUGAUGAUGGCCAAAGAGAAGCCACCAAUAACUGUAGUCGGAGAUGUUGGGGGAAGAAUCGCCAUCAUUGUGGAUGAUAUUAUUGAUGAUGUGGAAAGCUUUGUAGCAGCUGCAGAAAUCCUGAAAGAGCGUGGUGCUUACAAGAUUUUUGUGAUGGCCACUCAUGGAAUCUUAUCUGCAGAUGCACCCCGUCUAAUUGAGGAAUCCGCAGUUGAUGAGGUGGUGGUGACCAACACAGUUCCUCAUGAAGUUCAGAAGCUGCAAUGCCCCAAAAUAAAGACUGUGGAUAUCAGUUUGAUCCUCUCCGAAGCCAUCCGACGAAUCCACAAUGGGGAGUCCAUGGCUUAUCUCUUCCGCAACAUCACUGUGGAUGACUAGAUUGCAAUGUUGCCCUUCUCCUGGGCUUCCUGAAGAGAAGGGAGAAGGAAAUGUGCAUGAAAAUGCAAUGCCAUAAAUUAUAGACAUAACACAACUGUUUCUUCUGCUAGGGGGAGGGUGUAGGAUGUUUAAGGAUUGAAGCCACGAGAUUGAAUAGCAAAAAUAAAAUUGAACAGCCCUGAUACCUGAUACAGCCUCUUCUGUUCACCUUGCAGGGAGGAUUACAUUUUAGUUCUGAUCAGGAAAUAGGCUUUGAAUUGUAAGUAAAAGUUGCCUGAAAGCUAUUUAAUGUCUGCCUCUCACCCUUUAAAACAAAGCUGAGGUCUCAUGAGAGGGGAAUCUGGAAGUCUUGUUGCCGCACAUGGACUGAUGAAGUAAGGAUUUUGAUGCUGCUUCUAGUCUAUGAAUUGACUAUAGAAUACAGAAGGGAACACUUCAUUUAAGCUGCCUGGACAAGUAGGGUGCUCCCUGUAGUUUUGAUGUGCAGAAACCCCCUGUGCCAACUUUUGUAGCCUUUUCUAAUUUCAUUUGUUCAGCAUAGGUUUAUUUUUAUGAAAUUAUUGGCUGUAAGUAUGUUCAACAGUGGCAGCCUAGAAUGACCCAGUGGCAGUUAAAUCCUUAAAUAAAUUAGAUUUAUAGAUGUUUGUAACAACUUAAAUAUAUUUAUCUCAGCAGGAGUGGGAACAUAGUAGUAGAAUAUGUCAACCUUUAUCUCUAGAGCCUUGGAUUCUUGUCACAACUCCAUGGCGAGUAAUGCGAGUUUGAUCCCUGCUGGAACACUUGUCUACAUUGAAAAUUAAGCACAAUUUGUGUUUUUGGCUGUUGGCUCAGAAGUUGCCUGGGAUUGAUGUACCCUGGCAGAAUUGUAUGGGGGAAACUUUGCAUGGCUGCCUCGAAGAUGACUAUACUUUCUGAAAUUCUAAUGUUCAAGCAGCUAAAAAGCAUAGCAUUUUUAUUUUGGACCUUUUCCCUGUGGACAGCUGCCAUUUUGGUCUGUUGUUGUAAAUAUGUUAAAUACAUUUCCGGGGCAGCCCUGUAAAGUAAAAGAAAAUGUAGAUGCUUUAAACCUGUUUUCUGCAACAGAGAGGCCUUGUUGUUUCUUUUCCAAGUGACAAAAAUUCUUGGCUGUUGGCAAGGAGUAUAUGGCUGGGAAAGCAAUCCUAGUGAAUUGUGAUGAGUUUUGUGGGGCUGUAAUAAGAUCCCAGGGCUUAUUCUAAAAACAUCCACCAUGUAGGAGGACAGGUCAAUAUGCAUGCUACCAAAACCUAGAAUAUUUUCAACUUGGCUCUGUGAUCAAUAGUUUGAGGCUAUUGCUUGGGAGAGGACAGUGCAGAUUGAUUGCUCUGUCCAACAGGGGUUUGUUUUAUAGUAUUACUUGCCCUUCAACUUCUACCUACAUAUUUCACUCCCACCUCAAUGUACAACAAAUUCUAAAAGUGUCAAGAGCAUAUGUUGAUGCUGGGAGUCCAAGAAGAACCUUGAAUGUUCAGCAAACAAAAAGUCCUCAGUAGAGUGAAGUGCAUGUUAUAGAACUAGCUUCCUAUCUCAUAGCCACUGAGCAUGUAUGGAACUAUGAAUUCAGGAGGACCUUGCCUUCUCUCUGGAAUCCAGCUGCUGAUCUGUACCUCCAGACUGAAUCUUCUUGUAAGCAAUAUACGGGACUGUUCUUAAUUUAGUGGCGUUGUUCACUAAGUAU